AUGGAGUUAGAAAUCCAGCACCAGGGGAAAAGAGCCAGCGGACGAGUACUAGUACUCGAGAUGAGGGGCAUCGAGCUGCUGCUGGGAAAUGAUUUCCUUAGUCAGUUUAAAAGGCUGCAAAUAAACUACGAUGCAGAGCGCCCGGAGUUGUUGCUAGGAAGUAUAGUGGAGGAGUUGGCUGACGAAGAAGAACACAAAUCAAGCCCGAAGAUAGUGACAAAAAAGGCUAGAAUGCUCCCUCCCCGGGCCAUAGUUCCGGUUGAGAUUGAACCGGCGAACUUGGGCAAAGCAACCUGGAUGAUUGAGCCCUCCGAGCACCUCUCACGAGUUAAGGGAAUCACCACUGGGAAGGUGCUAGUGUCGGCUGACCCUCUACUUGAUCGCGUGCUUAUCGUAAACUGGGCAAAUAGUAAGACGUAUUUACGGGAGGGCACGGUGUUGGGUCAGAUAGAAAUCGUUGAUUCAUCAGUAGUUUCCAUUGAAGAAGCGGCACCGCAAAGAGAGGGUGCGGCUGUCAUGCACAUGUCAGAGGAAGCCCGCCCUGGGCCGUCGCAACCGGGUGUCAUCCCCCGCGAAGCUUUUAGAAAGCAAGUCUCGACUGACCUCCCCGCCGCACACGCUGAGAAGCUAAUAGACGUGCUCGAAGAGUUUGGCGCCUGUUUCGCCCUUAAAGAUGGUGAGCUAGGGAUGUGCCGUAAAGCAGUGCAUCGAAUCAACACCGGAGCUGCCGCACCAGUGCACCAACCGCCGUACAAAAGCGCAUGGAAGGAGAGGGCGAUAGUGCAGGAGCAGGUGGACGAGAUGUUGCAAAAGGGAGUAAUCGAGCGCUCCAGUAGCCCCUGGGCUUCCCCGGUCGUUUUGGUGAAAAAAAGAUGGGAGCUGGAGGUUUUGCGUGGAUUAUCGGCGGUUGAACGCCAUCUCGGUGAAGGACGUAUAUCCCUUACCGAGAAUAGAGGAAACGUUAUCUCGUCUGGGGAAUGCUUGUGUUUUUAG